AUGUCGGGUUCUCCUUUUGAUCCAGAGUUCCCGUGCUCCUUAAUCAUCUCUGUUCCGCUUCCCACACACCGAUUAGCAUCCUCCGCACUCCGCGCACUCAGCGUAGACGCCGAACUUUCGCCUCUCGUCCACCGUUCUUUCUCUCUCGCAUGCCCAUAUGCUUUCUACGGCCUCGCCACCAACGGCUCAACGAGCGCAGAUGCAGGAGUUCGCUUAAACGGCGAUGCAGCCUUGGCCAUGGGAGCACAAUUUGUAGGAGAUGAGGAAUUGACAGUUCUGCGCACAGAGUACAAGGCCACAACCAACCGCAUGCUGCGAGUGGCUGUGAACGGAUUUAUGGAAAGUCUCGGAGUCGUAUUGGGGGUCAUGGAAGAGCUCGAUGUUGAUGUGUUGGCCGAAGAAGUUCAGUGA